CGUGCUCGGAUGCUUUUAUUGGGCCAUUGAUCCUGUACAAUCUUAACAGCACUUUGAAAUGCCCUAACAGGUUUGUCGCCAAAUCAUUGUUCUUCAUUUCACUGCCACGGUUCUCUCGGCUUCAGCUCAAAUAUUAACGAGCUUGUGGUGCAACGGUUCUAGUUUGAAGUCAGCUAUGGGAACUGCUGCCAUGAAGCAGCCCGUGGCCAUCACCGUCGCGAGUCUCCAUCCGCGAAGUCAGCCUUCGCAGUGGCCCCUCUACGGAGCAGUGCUUGAACGUUCUUGUGAGGGGGAGCUUUGGGGCAUUAAGUUGGCCGUUCACCGACACAUUGAGGGCAUGGUCAUCACAGAUCUAUCGGACUCUGAGGUGGUGCAAGAGUGGAAUGAACAGAAUGAAGAACAUCCCAUCCAAGAAGGACAUGUGAUCAUCGAAGUGAAUGGCUACAGAGAUCACGAGAAUAUGAAGCAACAGUUUGCAUCGUCUCUUUCGAUGCAGUUGCUGGUUUGCACAGAACCCUCUGACUUGCAGCAGUGGGCUUUUGAUGUCUUUGCGCAGCGCAAAAACCUGACUGCCGCAGUUGAUGCCAUCAUACAAAAGGUUGAAGCACACCGAGAGGGCACCAAUUUCGGAGGAUGUUCAAUUUGCCACGAUGAUAUGCAUGCAAGUUGCGGCCAAGGCAGUCAAGUUGUACGAUUACCUUGCAAGCAUCACUUUCAUGAGUCCUGUGUAAAGAGAUGGUUGCUGACAGGGAACCACAGAUGCCCCUUGUGCAAUCAUCAUCUCGCCCUUGAGUCAUGAAGACUCUCAUCAUCAGGCCUUUACGAGCCUGGUAGGAUUGGAAAUUCAAUGGCUUACUUGGAGCCCAGAUGUGCAAGAUCUACAGAGUUUGAAGUGUGUUUAGAUGUGUGUAGUAUUUUUCUCACAAUGAGCAGAUUGCUUGACCCAAAGUGUUUAAUCAGUUCAGGCAAAGAUAGAAGUGGAAUAAGCAGCUCCAGAAACAACCUUCCCCAGCCUAGAGUUGUCAUCUCAUUUUCCACUUCAGCCUUUGAUUGAGGAAGGGCCAGCGGUCUUGCUAGAAUGCCUAAACAGAAGAAGCUUUGUGGGGCAGAGAGCCGAGACGCAAA